AUGGGGCAGCCACGCUCCGCAACGGCUCACGCGUUUCAAAGGCCGGCUCAGCUGAAGGGCAAAUCCACAGUGGUUCAAGUCGGACAGUCGACAUUCCCUCAGUGCCCAGCAAGUUUGCACCACGGCACCCGCAGCGGCCUGCGCUUGCUGGUACAGUCCGAUGUUUCUACCGAGUACAGCUGGCCCUUUGUCCAGUGAGGGUUGAUCCAGGUCGGACAGCGGCAUUCCAAUUCGGGUAAGGGCUCGCCAACAGCUUCGAAUAAGACCCUACUGAACAUGAUAAUUCAGCACCUUAACUUGUUGUCCGAGUCUCUUGACCGCGUUUACCUUCCCUGGUCCGAGGACCCCGGGCACAGCCACGUCUGCUUGAUCUCGAGUACGUUCUCUUGACAAUGUUGAGACGGAACCAGGCCUAGCCAGGACCCUUGCCGGGCUCGCCAUCGCCGUUCUGGUCGCAGAGGUACCUACCACUCGCCGACAACGGCCGGAGGGGAACAACCCGUCGCAGCCCGAACACAAGUCGCCGUUGUUUGGUGUCGAUGGCGGCUUUACAUGCGGUGCUGUGCGGCCCCGGCCGCCUCCUUGCGGACGACGAAGUCUAUGUAGGCGCGUGCGCCUCAAUCCGGCGUCGUCCUCGAUACGCGGGGGCCCCUGAACGUGCACAGCGUCCGGUAGCGGCAAGUCGGUCAGGUCCCACAUCGCCCGCGUGAAGGUCCGUCCAGUCCUGACAGGAGCACAGCGGCGCCCGGUCGCGAACAUUCGCUAGCCUGCCUUACAGGUCCAGUUUGGGGAGGCGGUCACGUCCCUGGCGGUAUCGAUGAUGGUGCUGUCCUGGCCAUCGGAGCCUUCGCGCUCGAGGUUUGCGCGGCGUGGACGGGCGCGCGGGGGCGGACGGCACCGGCCCAGGCGACGAU